UCCAGGAGAACCAAGAUGAAAUUCCCGGCUGAGAACCCAAGAAAACCAGGGAACAUGAACCCACCACCAGUGGCAGUCCAGACCAACCUGCUCCCCCCGAAGAAGGUGCAGGCCGGCAUGCUGCAGUCCAGCCUGGUGCAGGCCAGCGUGGCCACCAUGCAGAACCCCAUGGGCUGCUCGGUGCCGCGCCUGUCCGUCAGCCCGCGGCCCGCCAGCGUGGUGGCCAGCAUCGAGGCGGUGGCCGACGGCUCGGCCACCUUCACCAUGAUGAAGCUGAAGACGGUGCUGGCGGUGUUCGUGGUGGUGGUGGCCUACCUGGUGGCGGGGGGCCUGGUGUUCCGGGCGCUGGAGCAGCCCUUCGAGGACAACCAGAAGAUCGCCAUCACGGCGGAGAAGGCGGCCUUCCUGCAGAAGCACCCAUGCGUCUCGCAGGACGAGCUGGAGGCCAUCAUCAAGCACUCCGUGGAAGCUGUGAACGCCGGCGUGAACCCAGUGGGAGACACCUCCUACAACUCCAGCCACUGGGACCUGGGCAGCGCCUUCUUCUUCGCUGGAACCGUCAUCACCACCAUCGGCUACGGGAACAUCGCUCCGAGCACCGAGGGGGGGAAGAUCUUCUGCAUCCUCUACGCCAUCUUCGGCAUCCCGCUGUUUGGGUUCCUGCUGGCCGGCGUCGGAGACCAGCUUGGCACCAUCUUCGUCAAGAGCAUCGCCAAGGUGGAGAAGAUGUUCCGGAACAAACACAACCAGAUCAGCCAGACUAAAAUCCGCGUGGCCUCCACCCUCCUCUUCAUCCUGGCCGGGUGCAUCCUGUUCGUCACCAUCCCAGCGGUGAUCUUCAAAUACAUCGAGGGCUGGACGGCCCUGGAGUCCACAUACUUCGUCGUCAUCACUCUCACGACCGUCGGCAUCGGCGACUACGUGGCAGGGGGAAACCGGAGGAUCGAGUACCGGAAGUGGUACCGGCCGCUGGUCUGGUUCUGGAUCUUAGGCGGUCUGGCCUACUUCGCUGCGGUGCUGAACAUGAUUGGCGACUGGCUGAGGGUGCUGUCCAAAAAGACAAAGGAAGAGGUGGGAGAGAUCAAGGCCCACGCCGCAGAGUGGAAGGCCAACGUCCGGGCAGAGUUUCGGGAGACCCGCCGGCGCAUGAGCGUGGAGGUGCACGACAAGCUGCAGCGAGCCGCCACCAUCCGGAGCAUGGAGCGGCGGCAGCUGGGCCUGGACCAGCGCGCCGUGUCCCUGGACAUGCUGUCCCCGGAGCGCCGCGCCAUCUUCAACAGCCUGGACACCAACCACUACAAGACGUCCUCGCAGGAGAGCAUCGACACCAAGCUCAACAACCUGCGGCUGCGCGGCGCCGAGCAGGGCGACCGGCGGUCCGAGCACCAGACCACGUCCGAGGACAACAUCUUCAACCGCCUGGGCUCCGUCACCAAGCUGGCCAAGCGCAACAGGAACCGGGACCUGAAGAAGAACAUCCCGGACGAGGCCCGCCGGCCCCACAGCGAGGCCUACGGCUCCUGCGUGCCCGCCUUCGACUGCAGCACGCCGGCCGCCGAGGAAGGGAAGCGGAAAGACGAAGCCGACGACGACAACGAAGACAAGGAGUGCAACACCAGCUUGUCUGAUUUCCCGCUGUUCGUGGAAGCCUGCAAGCCCGAGAACGGGUUCAUUCUGGAGCAGACCAAAGAAAACAAGGAGACACUCGAUACGAACGCAGUGCACAUUGAGAUGGGCCCGUAG